AUGACAUUUGAAACUUUAUCAUCUUUGAAAAGUAGCAAUGGUAUUGGUAAUAGUAAUGGAAAUGGGAAUGUUAAAUCAUCUUCAUUAUUUUCUUUAGCGUUAUCACCAUCUUCUUUAUUAUCUUCAAAAGAUCAUUAUCAAGCUUCAUCUCAACAAAAGGAAUGUAAAUGGUUAAUGAAACAAUGGAUGCUUUUUGUUGGAUUAGUAUUACCUUUGACUAUUUGGUUGGCAGCAUCUGUUUUAUCAACUUGGCCAAGCUACAACAACAACAACAAUGACAAUGAAAAGACUCGAAUCAUUGUUUAUAUUUAUCAAUCGAUGUGGUCGAUUGUAUUAUUUAUGUUAUUAUCAUCUAUCAACUUUACAUUUUGGGAUAAAUUCAAAAUUGAAUAUUCAUUAAUAUUUGAUAUUGAUCAAAGACAUUUCUCAAACAAUGGAGCUAGUUAUCAUCAAAGAAUUAUUCCUACUUCUCCUCCUCCUCCUCCCAUAUCCAAUAUUCAACAACAACAACAACAACAAAUAUUACAGACCAACAACAAUUUAAAUGAAAACAACAAAGAAUCAUCUUUACCAAAUUUCCAUUCAAUAACAAUUAAUUUAGUAAAACCUCCAGCUUCAACUCCACAACAAAGUAUUUCGAAACAAUUAUUUAAAGCUUCAAUGAUACUUUUUACAAUAUUACUUUCAAGUUUACUAUUCCUUUUAUACAGACCAUCAUCAACAAUAUCAUUCUUUUCAAUGAAACAAUACGAAACCACAACAUCAACAGACAAUAAUAUUACAAUUCCAUUAGUAUUUUGGAUUAUAUUUAUGAUUGUUUUGGUAGUACCAUUAAAUAUAUUUAAUCAUGAACUAAGACAACAUUUUAUCAAAAGUUUUGUUGGUUUAUUUAAAUCUAUUCAUCGUCCUGUUUCAUUUACCUCGUUUUGGAUUGCUGAUCAAUUAACAAGUUUACCAAUUGUAUUAAAAGAUAUUGUUUUUAUUUUAAUUUAUAUUUUAACAUUUUUUAAUUUAGAAAUUAGUACAAAUUGUUUUUAUUAUAUAUCACCAAUUAUUUUAGGAAUACCAAAUAUCAUUAGAAUUACUCAAUGUUUUAGAGUUUAUCAUGAUACUGGUAAAAAAGCACAAUUAUUAAAUGCAUUCAAGUAUUUUAUAUCAUUAUUGGUUUUAACAUUUUCAAUCCUUGAUAAUUUAUUUAAACAAACAAAAUUAGAAUGGACAAUAUUUAAAAGUUAUUGGUUCUUUUUUGCUGUUACAAGUACAUUAUUUUCAUAUUAUUGGGAUAUUGUAAAAGAUUGGGGAUUCAUGACACAAAAAGGAAAAUUAUUAAGAAAUGAUUUAUAUUUUGGUUAUAAAAAUUUUUAUAUAUUUUCAAUGAUAACAAAUUUAAUAAUGAGAUUUGGUUGGAUUGUAACUAUUAAUCCAGAGGCAUUUGAAGAACACAAUGGAAUCUAUUUAGAUUGGAACAUGAAUGGUCAAUGA